AUGGCCGUGCGAUGGGAGUUUAAGAGCGAUGUUCUUGUCAAGACGUCUAAGAAAGGGCCAGAGAAAUACGUCACACAGUGCGAUCACAAUGUCGAGAUACAGCAGGUGAUUGCACUUUUGCAGCUCCACAUGGAUGAUUUCUGCGCUCGUCCAGCUUUCAAGUUCAAGUCUAAGUCGCGAGUCCACACGCGGCCCAUAGAGUUUCAAAACUUGAUGCAAGCCCUGAACGAUCCUAGCAACCUAUACAACAUCCCGACAAAGGUCAACGGCGGCAAGGGCCAGCUGAUCGGCGGCAACGUUCUGGACGCAGCAUCAUUCACUAGAGAGAUCAGGCUCGGUAUCGCAACGUACAUCGAAAAAGGAAGUGGCGACAUCCCAAAGGUGACAAAGGAGAUCUUCGACGCUCGCAGCGGCUACAAUGACAUCGACAUCGACAUCGGCAACCACAACCUCGACCAGUACCACAUCUACGUCCGCGACGUCGAUUGGCACCACGACCACCACGCCUCUCCCUACCCCGACUCGUGCAGCUUGUCCACCCCAAAGAAGAAGCUCAAAGUCAGAGGCUUCAAGCUCAGUGACUCUUCUGCGUGGAAACGCCUGCUCGGCUCGUUCGUUGACCGCCGUGCUAUCGAAUCUGGAAAGACGCAGCAUUCGACGGCAGUCGUCGACCCUGUGUCCGAUGGUGAUGAGGCUUGCGAGGAAGAGCUUUCUUCGUCGCUGGGCGGCGCAGUGACCAUUUCGAGCUCGACGUCAAGCAAAUUGCACUCACCGUCUCCCACCGCGACGGCCUCGCACGCCCCACUUCUGAGCUCUUCGCACGCCCCGAUAACUACGACCCGUCCUCUCAAGUCAUCGCCACUGCCAACUGCCUCCCAGCAUACGCCGACGAUUAGCUCCAAGCUACCAAGCUUUUUGCCUACGUCAAAGUCUGCGCAUGCAUCAGGUGGUCUGCCUGUGAUGAGCGCGUUCUCGCAUGCUCCGUCGCCUUCAGCGGUGGCAACUAGAUCUGUCUUGAAUCCCUUGGCCUCCAAGAGCGCUCCUCCGAUCCCCAAAGCGACCAAGACGAGCAGUCCGUUUGGAUUUGGUCGUGGGGGACUUGGGUUUGGUCGUGGAGGGAAGGGAGGCAAGGCAGGCAAGCGCAUUUAG